AUGGACGACCUGGAUGCCCUUCUGGCUGAUCUGGAGACUACGGACUCUCACAUCCAAGCGCCCAGUACUGCUCACGACUCUGGGGCAGCCCACGCCAAUGAGCUGGGGCAGGAUGCGCCUGAGUCCAGGCCCCCACCGCCACCCUACAACUCUCAGCAGCAGGCCAUGUCCGUGGACCCUCCACCUGUCUCUGCCCCGCCUAGCGGGGGCGAUAAAGAGCAUCUCUACAGCACUGUCUGCAAGCCCCGUUCGCCCCGGCCCAAGGAGCCAACUGCGCCACCCUUCUCCUCGUCCAGCGGGGUGCUGGGCGCUGGCCUCUGUGAGCUGGACCGGCUGCUGCAGGAGCUCAACGCCACGCAGUUCAACAUCACAGACGAAAUCAUGUCGUUCCCAACCAACAAGAGCCCUGAUGGGGAGAAGCGGAAGGAGAAGCCAGAGGAUGCUGGGGAAGGGGGGUCCCCAAGCCACUCCGCUGGCUCCACCUCCCCUCCUGUGAAGCCAUCAGCCACAUCUGCUACCCUAGAGCUGGACAAACUCAUGGCCUCCUUGUCGGACUUCAGAGUCCAGAGCAACCUCCCGGGGUGUCGGCUGCACCGCCCCCAGCCCCCACUCGAGUCUCCCUGGCGCAGCAGCCGGUGGUGUCAUCCGUCUGUCCCAGCCCCUCUGGCCCGCCCCCCCCAGCACGCCGGCCCCCAGGGUGGCAACUUGGACAGCAUGCUGGUGAUGCUGCAGUCGGACCUGAGCCGCCAGGGGAUCUCCACCAGCACCAAGGGGCUGUGCGCCUCCUGCCAGAAACCCAUCGCUGGGCAGGUGGUGACGGCACUGGGCAAUACCUGGCACCCGGAGCACUUCGUCUGCACCCACUGCCAGAAGGAGAUGGGGGGCAGCAACUUCUUCGAGAAGGAUGGCGCCCCCUACUGUGAAAGGGACUACUUCCAGCUUUUCUCGCCCCGCUGCGGACUCUGCAACGAGCCCAUCCUGGAUAAAAUGGUGACAGCUCUGGACAAGAACUGGCACCCGGAGCAUUUCUGCUGUGUGAAGUGUGGGAGGCCCUUCGGGGAGGAAGGCUUCCAUGAGAAGGACGGCCAGCAGUACUGCCGCCAGGACUUCUACGAGCUCUUCUCCACCCGCUGCCAGGGCUGUGGCCAGGCCAUCCUGGAGAACUACAUCUCAGCCCUCAGUGCCCUCUGGCACCCCGAGUGCUUCGUCUGCAGGGAGUGCUACGCGCCGUUCCUGCAGGGCAGUUUCUUCGAGCACGGUGGGCGGCCCUUCUGCGAGACGCACUACCACAAGCAGCGGGGCUCACUGUGCUGGGGCUGCGAGAAGCCCAUCGCCGGGCGCUGCAUCACCGCCAUGGCCCGCAAGUUCCACCCGAGCACUUCGUCUGCGCCUUCUGCCUCAAGCAGCUCCAACAAGGGCACCUUCAAGGAGCAGAACGACAAGCCCUACUGCCACCCCUGCUUCCUCAAGCUCUUUGGCUAAGCCACGCCCUUGUCUGGGCAGGCCCCGCCCUCAGGCCCAGCCACGCCCCAGCAGGCCCCACCCCCUGGCCCAGCCACACCCCAGCAGCCCCCCAGUAUAGCCACGCCCCAACA